AUGAAUGGCCACGGUGAAAAGCCGCCUAAUAAACACAAAUCCGAUGCCAUCGCGAUCGAAAAUGGAUCGAUUUUGUAUGGAAUGGAAAUAAAGAAGGAGCAAACCAUCAAACAAGAGACUGGAAGCCCCGACGAAAUAUUGAUGAUGUCGCGGUCAGCACACACAGCCAUUGGAUCACUUCACAAUUCGAUUGGCCGUACAGAAGUGAAUGACAGCGACGUUUGCUUCGAUUUCUACGAUCGAAACGAGGUAAAAUCGGAAGUAAAGAUUGAAAAGGUUAAGGAUGAGGCAAAUCAAGUUCCACGGAAAAACUCUGACGAAAAUCAAAAGCCACAAAGCAAUGUGAAGAAGAACAAUUCUGUAUCAAAAUCAAGUAGAUCAAGUGAUGGUGCGGCAAAGAAAAGAUCAGCCAAAACCGGGGAAGAGGGCACAGCAAACAGUUUCGGUAGCAAGAAGAAACCAGCUGAAGGCAAGGCAAAUGGAAAGCGACACAAAUGUUCAUUGUGCGAUUAUGACACCAACUUUUCAGCCGAUUUGAAGAAACACAUGCUCAAGCACACCGGCGAACGACCAUUUCCAUGCAGCGUCUGCCAGAAGCGAUUCACCCAAAAACAACAUCUCCAAUCGCACAUGAAAACACACGUCGAUGAAUUUCUGUUCAGCUGCUCAAAUUGUUCGCAAGGAUUUCAUCGCAGCGAGGAGAAGGUGGAACAUGAAUCUGGUUGCAAGGUUCGUCGCCACGAGUGUCAUCUCUGCAAGGAAUUCUCUACUUUGAAUAAGACGAAAUUGAAACGUCAUCUGCGCGUGCAUACUGGCGAGAGACCAUUCGAAUGCGAUCAAUGCUUGAAAAGAUUCAAUCAAUCAAGUGCCUUAAAACGUCACCGCAAAUCCCACGCUAAUUCUCGUCCAUUGAAAAUCAAGUGUUCAUCUUGCUUCAAGAGCUUCGCACAACAGAAGGAAAAAGACGAUCACGAAGCCAACUGCAAGCAACGCGGAUACCGAUGCGAUUUGUGCAAGAGCUACACAACUGAUCAAAAAACAAAUUUGAUGAACCACAUGCGAAUCCACACUGGCGAAAAGCCAUUCCGAUGUGAAAUUUGCGCAAAGUACUUCUCACAAAAGGCAAAUCUCAACCAACACAAGAAGGUUCACAAGUAG